AAAAGUGACCUUGCUAUUAAAGUCAUCACAUGGAUAACAUCACCUCAUAAACUGAAACAAACUCCAACCGAUUAAAACAGCACCAGUCUCCUCUCGCUUUUUGGAUACACAACGUCACAAGCAUUGGUCGCACUCGUGUACCGAUGCCAGGAGAGUACAAACAAAUCACAGAAAUCGCCCACUGAAAGAGGAUAAGAUGCCGCAACAAGGCAAGAACGAGCUACCGGGGAAUGUCCGUCGGACUGUUUUCCAUACCGAUCUACAGACACUGCAGUUGCCCAGGCAGAAACCUCCAGAACAGCAACAGAAGCCGACUUCCAUCCAGGAUCUGUAUCCAAGUCCUCCUCCGCCACCCUAUCAGAAUGUGCCCCAGCAUCAGAAUAUGCAGCAGAUGAUGCAGCAGCCACAUGAUAAGCAGACUCGUAAGAAUACCCCCAAGAUGAUGCAGCAAAAUCAGCAGACGAAGUACCAGAAUCCCCCUAAAAAGGAUCCGUACGAGGGGCCUCCUCUGAAGGCUAAUCAUGAUCAGUUGAACCAGCAGCCACCUCAGGGGUAUCGAGUGUCUGCUUAUCAGAAUUGUACAGAAAAUCCUACGCAUGGGAAUCCUCAGAUAAUGCAGCAGCCUCCACAGCAAUCCAAAAUGAUGCGGCAAUGUCAUUCGACCGAAUACCAGAAUCCCUCAAAGAAGGAUCCGUAUAUAAAGCAGCUACAGCAGGAGUAUCGGGAGGAAUGUUUUUGCAUUUCACUUAAGCAGCUGUCGCAUUCGAAUCAUUCACAGAAGCAGCUGUUCUCGAAUGAUCCUCAAGAACAGGUACAGCGAAAUCUGAGCCAGAAUAAAGCACCUGCUAGACGAUGCAGCUCCAUGGCCAAAGUCGUUCCAGUGCCACGUACAGAGUGCAACAGCCGCCAGGUGCCGCAUAACCUUUGUAGGAACGCGGACUCUCGCCCACCCUCAUUCAUGGCCGAUAAAGCCAAGGAGAUAUUUUCACCCGAAGGCUGCGAUAAGGACAACCACAAGAUGGGAUCCAAAGGCAAGCUGUCAAAAUACGAGAAUCAGCUGUCUGGCACGGAGAGCAACUGCAGCUCCACGAAAGCGUCUGUUAUCAGUGCGAAGAGCGGGGACGAACUGCGUUCCAUGGUCCUUGAGGAGCUGAAGCUGCAGUUGGCGCUUAGGGGACUUUCCAAUAUGGUUAAGAAGGGGGAGAUAUUGGAUCCGGAACCGUCUACGUGUGACAAAUCGGCCUCUAAUCGGUCCAAGUCCUUCAAGUCGAAGGAGAAAGCAUCCACAAGUGCAUGUGCAGCUCUGGAGACGGGGCCGCAGGUCGAUUACAGUAAUGAUGUAGAUGAAAUAGUGAAAUGCAAGGUCAUCACUCCCAUGAUACGUAAGAUACAGAAAACGUAUCUUAAAAAUCUUCGCGACGAGAUUGAUCUGGUGGAGUAUCUGGAGCGGGUGCCAGCUGCCAUCAGUGAGCUGUGCAAGAACGCUGGUAUUAAGGACCAGAGCAAACUAAAAAAGUGACUCCGGUCCUUUUCUUAUUUAUUCGUUGAGUUUUAAUAUAUUUCUGUAUACAUUUCUUACAAAUAAAACGUUGGUGGCAUCUACAGCCCAAUGUUAACAGA